CAAAUUAAAGUGAUUCCAAAAUCAUUUUCUCCUCCCCACAAAAGGCUCCUAGAAAAUUUUGCUGCUUUUCUUUCCUUUGGCCUCCUUCUCUCUCUCUCCCUCGCUCUAAAACUACAUCAUAAGGAGAUAAGAGGAUCAGACAAAUUCUCUUAGCAAUGACUGCUACAACAGCUACAGCAACCAAGUUUAUCAAAUGUGUCACAGUUGGAGAUGGAGCUGUUGGAAAGACUUGCCUUCUUAUCUCUUACACUAGCAACACUUUCCCUACAGAUUAUGUUCCCACUGUUUUUGAUAACUUCAGUGCCAAUGUUAUGGUUGAUGGGAAGACUGUAAAUCUGGGUCUCUGGGAUACUGCUGGUCAGGAGGAUUACAACAGGCUAAGGCCUCUAAGUUAUAGAGGAGCUGAUGUUUUCAUUCUUGCCUUUUCUCUCAUAAGUAGGCCUAGCUAUGAGAAUGUAUCAAAAAAAAAGUGGGUUCCCGAGCUCAGGCAUUAUGCCCCAUCCAUCCCCAUUGUUCUUGUGGGGACUAAACUAGAUCUGAGGGAGGAUGGACGGUUUCACUUAGAUUAUCCAGGGGCAUGCACCAUUUCUACAGAGCAGGGUAUGGAACUAAAGAAGCAAAUAGGAGCAUUGGCAUAUGUAGAAUGCAGCUCAAAGACACAACAGAAUGUGAAGACUGUGUUUGAUGCUGCUAUCAAGGCAGUUCUCCAGCCUCCAAAGACCAAGAAGCACAAGAGAAAACAGAGCUUCGAGCAAAAGAAUAUGUUCAUGCAUGGAGGUUUUCGAUGCAGGCUGGGUCUGGACCGAGAGGCCGGUCUUUGAAGUAUGUUGGGUGGAAGCCGCCAGAAACAGGCUGGGUGGUAGUGAAUUCCGAUGGUAGUGCAUUGUUGUCAGCAGGAAGGGCAAGUUGUGCAGGUUGUUUUCGAAACAAUGAAGGUAGAUGGCUUUUGGGCUUUCAACGGUUUUUGGGCAAUUGUGGAGCAAUGGAAGCUGAGCUAUGGGGAAUAUAUUAUGCUUUAGUAUUAGCAUGGGAUUCAGGGUGGAAGAAGAUUGAAGUUCAAACGGAUUCUCAACUCGCGUUAGAUUUACUUGCAGGUAGAGGUGCAGGAGUUUUUAGAGUUGCUAAUUUGGUGAGGAAUUGUCGUGAUCUUAUCAAUAGAAGCUGGGAAGUCAAGAUGGUAAAAAUUUACAGGGAAGCAAAUGCGGUAGCGGAUCGUUUGACUAGUUUAACCAUUGGUGAUGAUUUUAAUUUGAAAAUUCAUCAAUGGCCUCCUGUUACUAUUAAAUUUUUACUGGAUGCUGAUAGGUUGGGGCUUUCAUGGCCUAGAUUAAUAAAAUAAGGGCUCUAUCCCUCUUUUUCUAAAAAAAAAAAAAAAG